ACGAUAUAUUUUAUCGAUAUGGGUCACACUGAACAAAACAAAAUGGAGGUUCGUGUGGUGCGUUGUCCGACAUAGUGCUGCUAGAAUUUUGCAUUAAACGCUGUGAGCAAAUGUGUUUCACUGCGAAUAUGUCAAAGGUCGGCCAUGAAGUGCGCGAAACAAGAAAAUCAAAUGACUUUAAUAAUACUAUAUGAAAGCAACAUCAAGACGUUAAAUUGCACAUCAGUUGUAAUUAAGUUUAGUAGUUAGAAACAAAAGAAAUCUAUAAACGAAUAUAAUAUACAUAUAAAUAGUGAAAGAAAGUGCGACAGAGGAGGCCCCAACAACAAUAACAAAACAAACAAAAAAAUUAUAUAUAUAUAUUCAGGGGUCCCCGGCAACCCCCCCGAAAACGGAACUUGAACUCGAGCUCGAAACCGAAUUCCAGUUCCAGUUGCAGUUCCCCGAUUUCCACCUUUUGACAACGGCCACGCGCAGAGAGCAGCAUCAAAAUUAAGCCAAUAGACGACCAAACCUAGAAAAAACGCAGCGUCGCGUCUCCAUCGACGCGUAACGGACAUUUCUGUGUGCGCUGCGUUUAAAAAAUCUGAUGGAUGGAAAUGCACAAAAUAUGUUUCACGGAAAUCAUCAAGGAGAUCCCUAUUACCGUUACGAUGCGGCCGCCGCCGCAGCAGCCGCCGCAGCGGCAAAUCCUCGGGCAAUGGGCCCACCGGGAGGUUAUCCGCCGCGCCACAGAGCUCCACAUCCGCUUCAGCAGCAGCCACAAUAUCCAUCGUACCAGCCAACGGCGGAGAAUCUGUACGGGCUGGGGGCCGCCGACCAGCAUGCGGCGAGCAUGGGCGUUGGAGUCGGAAUGGGUGAUCUAAGUGGAUGGGGAGCAGCCCCCUCGGUACCGGGACAGGCGGCAGCGUAUCCAGGAGCCGGCCUGGGGGCAUAUGGACAUCCGCAGGCAGCUCCACCGGCGCAGCAGCAGCGUCAGAGCAAUGCCAGCGCCUACCGCCAACAUAUGCCCGCGUACGGACAGCAGGAGCAGCAGAAACUGGCUCCGUACGGAGCCCAGCAGAGCAUGAUGACGGGCUACGGGAGUCUGGCGCCCCAGCAGCAACAGCAACAACAGCAACCGCCCACGCCACAGCAGCAACAGCAGCAGCAGCAACAACAGCAGCAGCAGCAGAGCCAGCAGCAGGCUCGACUGCCGCAGCACUAUCCGCAGGUCCCUGGUCAGCAUCCGCUCUAUCCCGGCGUGGGAGUGGGCGUGAGUGGCGCACCAACUAGUGCCCUUCAAGCGGGACAACCGGCCGCACCGCAGGCCUACGCCCACAGUCCAUACGGCAGUCCGAUGCAGCAUCAGCCGGGACGGGGUGCUCCACAGCAUGUGGGCUACGGACAUGCGGGACUCGAUCAGGCCUCGGCCUAUGGCCAGCAUGUGCCGAGCGCAGCGCCACCGGGCCACCAUUUGACCGCGCAGCAGCAGCAGGCAGCGCAACAAUUGGGGGCCCACCAGCAGCAGCAGCUCCAAUCGCAGCAGCAGCAGGCGCAACAACAGCAGCAGCCGAAUCAUGUGGGUCUGAUGCAGCAGCAGCAACAGAUCCCAGGAGCCGGUCUGCCGCCGCCACACAUGGGAAUGCCGCCCAGCUAUGGGAGUCACCACCAGCAGCAGCAGCAACAGGUGAACCCCCAGCAGCAACAACAGCAGCAGCAGGCUGCGCCUCCGUACAUGUCUUCGAGCAAGCAUCAGCAGGCGGCGGCACAGCUCAACUCCUCGCCUCAGUAUAGGGCGCCGUUCCCGCAACUCUCGCCACAGAUGUCGCCGCGUCCGCCCACCAUGUCACCGCAUCCACAGAUGUCGCCGCGACCCGUGGGCGUGUCGCCAGCGAAGCCACCGCCACAGAGCAGUCAGGGACAACAGCAGCAGCAACAGGUGAACGCCCAGCAGCAGCAGGUGAACACACAGCCCAGCCAGCACAGCAUACAGGGAAUGGUCGGUCUGCCAUCGCCCAGGCCGCAGCCACCGGUCGGUGGGAGCACGGGAGCCAGUUCCAAGGUGCCGCCCAGCGUGGGCGUAGGAGUGGGCGUGCCGCCCAGUGUCGGAGUGGUCCCUGCACCAGUGAACACUCUCCAGGCACUCGAACAAAUGGUGAUGCCCACCCAGGCGCAUGGCCUGCCACCGAUGGACUACCCUUCGGCGUACAGGAGUGCCGUUGUGGGUCCCAGGAUGCCGGCUUCGCCGUCACCACAGCAGCAGCAGCAUCACCAGCAAUGGGGUGGCCCCCAGCAUAUGGCGGCCAUGCAGCAGCAGCAGCAACAGCAGGUACAACAGCAGCAGCAGCAGCAACAGCAGGCCCCACCACCCGCUGCGCAGCAGCAACAGCAGCAGGCGGCUGCGGCGGCGGCAAUGUUGCAGGCAGCCCAGCAGCAGCAUCACCAGCAACAAUUGAGCAUGUAUGGUCAGGCAAUGGGCCAGCAGCAGCAGCAACCACAGCCAACGCAGCAGCAACAAGUGGUUGUGCCACCAGUGGCGGCACAGCCGCAACCGCCAGUGGCAACAACACAACAACAGCAGCAACAACAAGUGCAGCAGCAGCACCAACAGCAGCAGCAGCAACAACAACAGCAGCAGCAACAACAACAACAGCAGCAGCAACAGCAAUCGCUCAAUGACCAACUGCAGCAUUCCAUCAACGAUAUAGUGGGAGGAGGCGGUGGCAGCUCUGGAGGAAGCAGCAGCAGCAACCAACAGCAGCAACAGCCCCAAAUCUCGGCCAUGUCCUCGCCUUUGCACCAGCAAAGCCUACCCAGUAUGCAUCAUUUGAUGCAACAGCCGAAUAUGGAGGCAGCUGCAGCAGGACCUCCGCAACCAACAUUGACAUCGCCGCAUCACCAGUUGCAACAUCAAUCGCCCAUACACCAACAGUCGCCACAUCACCAACAGCAGCAGCAACAGCAUCUGCCGACUUACGGUCAAUCGCAGGUGCAGGUACAGGCGCAGGCGCAGCAGCAACAGCAACAGUUUGAUCCGUUUGCCAAUAUAUUGGGUGAUGCCAGUAGUCAGGCGGCGGCAUCGACCUCGGUAGUACAGCCACAGGCGCAGGCACAGGCACAGGCUCAGGCACAGCAGCAGAUAAUGUCGCCGGCACAUGUGAGCUCCCCAAUACCACAACAGAUGCAACAGCACCAGCAACAAACACCACAACAGCAACAGCAGACGCCCCAGCAAGUACAAGUCCAACACCAGCAGGCACCCACGACACCAUCUCAUCAUUUGAGCAGCAUACUGAAUGAGACUGCAAACUCGAAUGAUUCCUCAACGUUGGCCGUGGCCGCGAACGACAGCAACAACAGCAGCAGCAACAGCAGCACCAACAGCAUCGUGAACAAUCAGCCAACGUCCGUGCACGACAGCAAUUCGCAGAGCAGCAUUAACAGCAACAACCAGCAGCAGCUCCUAAUGGACAGAGAUACGAACUCACAUGGCGCGACUUCAGAGCACUCUACACAGCAUGCCGUGGGUGGUGUGGAUGUGGGGGGCCUGUUCGAUCAGAAUUCCAUGUCCUCGUCGAGUGCGGCUGUGGCUGUGGUGGCCUCGAAUGCUGCCUCUGCAGCGGCUGCCCUGCUGGACAGCAAUUCGCAGUCAUCAAACACGGAAUUCGAGAAGAAUCAAAGCGAAAGCGAGGGGGGACUGAGUGGCAGCACAGGCACAGGUGCCGCCUCCGUAACUGAAACGGAACUGCCACAAGAUGAGACGAGCAUGUCCAAGACGCAGGAUAUAGCUUCCAUGGGAGCAGCAUCCACAGAGCUACUGCCAGUGGUGGGGCAAGAUGAUCUCCUGGACAAGACCACAGAGGAGCUCGAACAGACAACAUUGAGCCAGCCCUUGGGAGGAGAUCUCUCGACCUCCCUCUCAGAGGACCCGAAAUCCGGAGAGGAAAUGUCCGAAGAGAAAUCUCAGCCGGCAACAGCUAUGUCCACGGAUAGCGCUACCCCAGCACUGACGGGACCGGCACCCCCGCCAGCCAUUCCUCCGAUGGGUAUGCCAUUGCAUCCUUUGGCUCCGGGCUAUGAUCCAGCGGCUGCGCAGGUUAUGCCCCCAAUGCUGCCACCAUAUGCAGCAGGAGCGGGCAUGUAUCCUCCCUAUCCGAUGCUGCAUCAACAGGAGAUCGCGGCACUGCAACAGCAGAUCCAGGAACUCUAUUGCAUGCCCCCCGGCCACGAGCCGAACCAUCAGGAAAAGCUGAUGCGCCUGCAGGAGCGCUUGAAUCUCCUCCAGCAGCACGAGAUGGCAGAACAGUGUGCGGGUGGGCCACAGUGUGUGCUCUUCCAGAGCAUGCCACCCUACAUGGGAGGAUCAAAUCCUUUGCUCAAUCAGCAGAUGGUCGAGUCUCCCCAAGUGUCAUCGACCACGGGCAGGGGUCGCAAGGGUGCGAAUAAACCAAGGAAACCGCGGGCCAAAAAGGGCGAGAAAGCGGGACAGGCGGGCAGCCAGCAGGAUCUGAUGGAUAUCAGCGGGAAUGUUGUGGUGGCGGCAGCCAACGCUGCCAUUCCCACCACACAGCUGCCAGUGUCCGAGGACUGUGUGACCCAGGGAGCGGGUGACACGAGUGUCGUGGGGAUGGUCGAGUACAGCGAGGGCAUGGGCGAUCUGUCGCAGGACGUGCACUCGGCCAACGAGCUGGACACCUCCACCGAUGGCAGCGGCAAAAAGAAGAAGCCGCGCAAGCCUCGCACCCCCAAGGACCCGAACAAGCCGCCACGCGACAGGACGGCCAAGGUGAAGAAAACCCGUGAUCCCAUGGACCCCAAUUCCACAGACUCCCCAGGCCCCGGACGCAAACGUGGAAGUGUCGGGAAGCGCCGCAAGCAGUACGGCGAGGAGGGCAUCGAACCGCCAGGAGACGGCAGCGAAGUGGAGGAUAACAAACCGCUGGUCCCCAAGUCUGGAUCUGGCGACGCCGAUGGCGAAGCGGAACCCACGUCCGGAGGCGGAGUUGGGACAGGAGUCGAUGGCGAAUCGCCCGACUAUGAUGACAUUCCCGUGUCGAAGAUCCCACGCAGCGCAAACGAAGACGAAAAGGAUCCUGAGGCGGGAGACGAGACUGUGGAUUCGGUGCCAGAUUCCGCAGGAGAUGCUGCCUCCACGCCCAGUCGCAGGGAUCGCAAGCGAUCCACCGCGAGGAGUCGUCGCAAUGCAAACUCCGAGGAUGGAGGCAGUGCACGACGCAAUCGCGGCUCCCUCUCGGCCAAGGCCCUCAAGAAGCGUAGGAAUCGCGGAAGGAUUGUUCCCGAAUCCGAUGGCGAAGACGAUACCAUGGAUCGCACGCCCCCGCCAUCGCCACCGCCCGACUCGGAGCUGGACUCGAACAAACGCCGCUCUUCGAGGAACACACAACGAAAGAAGUACGUCGAUGAUGUGAUGCUACGCUUCUCCGAUGACGAGAACUCUCUGCUGGUGGCGUCGCCCGUCAAAAAGGACAAGAAAUCAUCGGCCGCGGCAAAUGCCGCCAACUCGAAUGCCGGUAGCGAUGUGGAGAAGGCAGAGCCGCAAUCUGGCGCCGAGGGUGAGGCCGGCAACUCUGCGGGCGAGGGCGAGAAGCCUUCCCUGGCGAUGGACGAGAGCAGCCAACUGGAGGCCAGUUCCAGCACCUCGGCAGCAGCCGCCGCUGCAGCGGAGAAGGAGCGUCAGAGCUCGGGCGAAUCGGCAUCCGCUGCCAUGUCCUCGAAGCCCAAUUACGUGUACAUCAACACGGGAGAUGAGGAUAGCAUGGUGGUGCAAUUGGUGCUGGCCAUGCGCAUGGGCAAACGUGAGCUAAUCCCAGAGGUGCCCAAAGAGAAGACGCCAGAGCCAAAAGUGGAGGACAAAGCGGCAGACAGUGAAGAUUCUAAAGAAAAGGAUAAAGAAACUGAAGAUAAACCCAAAACAGAGGUAGAAACCGAAGCAGAAUCAAAGGAUGCGGAAAGCAAACUUGAGGAAAAGAAACCAAAACCCGAAACGGAGUCCUCUGAAAUGGAAGUCGACGACACCAAAGAGGAACCUCUAGAAAAAGAAGAAACAGAGAAAUCCGAAGAAGAAUCCUCGGAGAAAUCCGAUGAAGAGAAAAUGGAAGUUGAUGAAACGACUGAAACGACAGCUGUCAAAUCACCAGAGGAAACAAAAUCCGAGGCAGAAGAUGAAGAAGCCGCCAAGACUGAUGAAGAAGAGGCCGCCACUGUGGCUCCCGAGGAAGAGGAGAAGGAAUCGGAGACGGAGAAUGAGGAUGAGGCCAAGGAAUCGGAGACCUCGGACAAAAUGGAUGUGGAAGAAAAUGCAGGUGACUCGCCAAAGUCCCCAAAGCCAGCAGCAGCCGCAACAGAAGAGGAAACUGUGGACGCCAAGACAAGCGUCAAGAGUCCUUCCUCCCCAAAGCCAGAGGGAACAGAAGAAACAAAGGCUGCCCCGGAGAAGGAAAGCGCAGAAAAGGAAUCCGCCGCCGCCCCCAAAGAGGGUGAGGAUACCGAAAAGAAAGAAUCGACCAAUGAAGAUGGGGAUACGAAGGACAAGGAGAACAAACCCGAACCCGUUUACAUUGAUGUUGAGGAAUAUUUUGUGAAAUAUCGCAAUUUCAGUUACCUCCACUGCGAGUGGCGCACCGAGGAGGAGCUCCUCAAGGGCGAUCGCCGUGUGGCCGCCAAGAUACGUCGCUUCCAACAGAAACAGUCACAGCAGGUGAACAUCUUCGAGAACAUCGAAGAGGAGCCCUUCAAUCAGGACUUCACCGAAGUCGAUCGCGUACUCGACAUGUCCGUGCAUACGGACGAGAACAGUGGCGAAACCACAAAGCAUUAUCUCGUCAAGUGGAAGUCCCUGCCCUACGAGGACUGCACCUGGGAGCUCGAGGAAGACGUAGACAAUGACAAAAUCGAGCAGUAUCUGCGUUUCAAUAAGACCCCAUUACGUUGCGAGUGGAAGAGCCGCAAGCGUCCGCCUCCAGAGCAGUGGAAGAAGCUGGAGAAGACGCCCAUCUACAAGGGGGGCAACAGUCUGCGUCCCUACCAGCUGGAGGGUCUCAAUUGGUUAAAGUUCUCCUGGUUCAACACCCACAACUGCAUACUGGCCGAUGAAAUGGGUCUCGGCAAGACCAUACAGAGCUUGACCUUUGUCCAUUCGGUUUAUGAGUUUGGAAUAAGAGGACCUUUUCUGGUCAUAGCCCCCCUUUCGACGAUACCCAAUUGGCAGCGAGAGUUUGAGGGCUGGACGGACAUGAACAUUGUGGUGUAUCACGGUUCGGUGACCAGCAAACAGAUGAUACAGGACUACGAGUUCUACUACAAAACAGACAGCGGAAAGGUGCUGAAGGAACCCAUUAAGUUUAAUGUACUUAUAACCACCUUUGAGAUGAUUGUCACAGACUAUAUGGACCUCAAGCAGUUCAAUUGGCGUCUGUGUGUGAUUGAUGAGGCGCAUCGAUUGAAGAAUCGCAAUUGUAAACUCCUCGAGGGAUUGCGACAGCUGAAUCUCGAGCAUAGGGUCCUACUGUCCGGCACGCCACUCCAGAACAACAUUAGCGAAUUGUUUUCUCUGUUGAAUUUCCUAGAACCCGCGCAGUUCUCCUCUCAGGAGGAGUUCAUGACGGAAUUCGGAAACCUCCGAAAUGAGGAGGAGGUGAACAAACUGCAGGCACUGCUGAAACCCAUGAUGUUGCGGCGUCUCAAAGAUGACGUGGAGAAAUCACUGGCGCCCAAAGAAGAGACCAUCAUCGAGGUGGAGCUCACGAAUAUCCAGAAGAAGUACUAUCGCGGCAUACUCGAACAGAACUUUAGUUUCCUGAAGAAGGGCACUACAUCGGCCAAUAUACCCAAUCUGAUGAACACCAUGAUGGAGCUGCGCAAGUGCUGCAUCCAUCCGUAUCUGCUCAAUGGAGCCGAGGAGCAGAUUCAGUACGAUUUCAAGUCGCAACAUGGCGAAGAUCCCGAAUCCUAUUACAAGAAUUUGAUUCUCUCGGCGGGAAAAAUGGUGUUGAUUGACAAACUCCUGCCCAAACUGAAGGCCAAUGGCCAUCGUGUGCUGAUCUUCAGUCAGAUGGUCCGCUGCUUGGACAUUCUAGAGGAUUAUCUUGUCUACCGGAAGUAUCCCUUUGAGCGGAUCGAUGGACGCAUUCGCGGCAAUCUCCGACAGGAGGCCAUCGAUCGCUACUCGAAGCCCGGCUCCGAUCGCUUUGUCUUUCUGCUCUGCACGAAGGCGGGCGGAUUGGGUAUCAAUCUGACGGCGGCCGAUACGGUGAUCAUCUACGAUUCGGACUGGAAUCCCCAGAAUGAUCUGCAGGCCCAGGCCCGAUGCCAUCGUAUCGGGCAGCGCAAAAUGGUGAAGAUCUAUCGACUGCUCUGCAGGAACACCUACGAGCGGGAGAUGUUCGACAAGGCCUCGAUGAAGCUCGGACUCGACAAGGCCGUCCUCCAGUCGAUGAACACCCAGGGCUCCAAGGAUGGCAACAACAAGCAGUUGUCCAAGAAGGAGAUCGAAGAUCUCCUCAAAAAAGGUGCCUAUGGGGCCGUCAUGGACGACGACAAUGCAGGGGAUAAGUUCUGUGAGGAGGAUAUCGAUUCGAUCCUAAAGCGACGCACUCAGGUCAUUACCAUGGAAUCGGAGAAGGGUUCCACCUUCUCGAAGGCCUCCUUUGCCGCCUCCGGCAAUCGAUCGGACAUCACCAUCGAUGAUCCCGACUUUUGGACCAAAUGGGCCAAGAAAGUGGACAUAGACCCCGAUGCCUGCGAACGCGAUGAAACCGAAGAUCUGGUACUCUCUGAGCCGCGACGACGCACUCAGAUCAAACGCUAUGGUCAUGAGGAUGUAAUGGAACUCAAUUCCGAGGAUUCGUCGAAUGAAAACAGCGAUGAAGAGGGAGGAAUAGGUCUACGUUCGCGACGCCGCAAGGAGAAGCGCGAUCGCGGCAGGGACAAAAGAGAGAAGGGCCAUGAGGAGUACCUACCACGUGAGCGUGAUGCCUUGGCCGCCUUGGGUUUGGAGGAGAUUCAGUAUGGAAAUUGGGCCAAAUCCGAAUGCUUCAAGGUGGAAAAGGGUCUGCUUUCCUUUGGUUGGGGCCGCUGGUCAGAACUUUUGGAAUUGGGACAAUUCAAGCGCGGCUGGCGCGAUAUUGAUGUUGAGGAUUGUGCCCGCAUAAUCCUCCUCUACUGCCUGCAGGUGUACAAGGGGGACGAGAAGAUCAAGACAUUCAUCUGGGAUCUCAUUACGCCUACGGAGGAUGGAGAGGUGCAGAAAAUCAGCAGGGAUCAUAGUGGCCUACACAAUUUGGUGCCACGAGGACGCAAUGGUGGAAAGUCAAAUAAGGAGUCGACUGGCAGCUCAACCCCGGCACCGGGCACUGCCUCGGGGAGCAACAGUGGCAACACGACCCCCGCCCACAAGUCGAGUGCUCUGGAUGGAAGUGGAGACAAGGAUGGACUCGGCGGUGGAGGAGUCAGUGCCAGCGCCGUGGCCGCAGCGGUUGCCACUCCCAUGAGCAUCCAUGAUCCGAAUCACUGGAGCAAGAAGGAGAAGUACGAUGCGGAUGCCUACCUCGAGGGCGCCUAUAAGAAGCAUUUGGGCAGACACGCCAAUAAGGUUCUGCUGCGCGUACGAAUGCUCUACUAUAUACAGCACGAGGUGAUUGGUGAAUUCGUUCAACAGAUCAAGGAUAACACUCCGAUCAGCGAGCUCCCCAUUCGCCCGCCGCCAACGCCAGAUCAAGUGCCAUCCUCAUGGUGGAAUCCCAUUUGUUGUGAUAAGAGUCUAUUGGUCGGAACCUACAAGCAUGGCUGUGAAAUGUAUCGUCAAAUGCGCGCCGAUCCCAAUCUGUGCUUUGUCACCCAUGUGGGCGCCGGUGCCGGUGACGACUUGGCCGUCACGAAUUUGCCGAUAAUCGAAGACGAUGCAAAUUCUAAGCACGAUGACGGCGACGAGGUGGACGAUGAUGGGACAACAACGACCAAAGAUUCGGACUCCACAAAGUUGACCGGUGGCGACAACAAGGACUCGCUCGAUCCGGAGCGUCCCAGUUCGUCGGGUAAGACCAUCAGCAGCACAAGCAGCAGCGGCGAUGGAAACGGCACCGAAGCGGCCACCAAAGCUAAAGCUAAAGCGAAUGCUAAUGCUAAUGCCAGCAGCGACCUGGAAUCGUCGUCGUCUGCCCCGACUGAGGGCAAUGGCAGCGCCGUCGAGGCGACCGCCGAUCAGCAGCCAGCUGAAGCACUCCCAGAAUCGGCAGACCAAGAUCAAGAAACGAAAAGCACAAAAGACAAAGCUAAGAGCGAGGUGCCAUCUGGUGAGGCAGUCGGAGCUUCCAGCUCCACCCCGGGCGGCACCAAAUCCUCAUCCUCCUCAACGCCUGAGGCUGACUCCAGCUCGGUUGAGGCAGGAGGAGAUGCUGCCGCGAGUGGGGUCGAAGCGAUGACUGUCGACUCUGGAGAGGUAACCAGCGCAUUGGACACUGAAAUGGAAACUAAGACAAAGAAAAACCAAAAGAAAAACAAUGGCGAGGAGGCUUCUACGACAGCUGCUGCUGGAGGCGCCGCCGAGGAUGCCGCUGCCAUUGCUCUGGCCGAUGCUGCCGGCUCACCCGAAUCAUGCACUAACGCUACCACAAAUAUCACCACCACCACCACUACUACUACUACUACUUCCAUAACCAAUCCAUCAUCCAACACCACCACCACAACCACAACCAACUCGGCGUCUGCAGCGGCGACGGCCAACAAUUCAAACACCGAAAAUGCUAACUCCAACUCAAAUUUAGGCCUGGACGAGGAGGAGAGUGUCGCCGGUAGUUAUCCACCGACAGUGGCCGCUGUCGAGGAUGCCACAACUAUGUGGCCAUCGAUGCAGGAUCUGAACACGCGCCUCCGACGCGUCAUUACCGCUUACCAGCGCAACUACAAGAAGGAAGAGCUCAAGCAGCAGCAGAAGGCCAAGCUACAGGCAUUGGUCUCGUCAACGCCACCGCUAUCGGUUCCCACAACGCCCACCCUUCAGUCCAUGCAAAUGCAAAUGCAGGGCGGUAGUGGCAACGCCGGCUCCUCCGUCGGUGGCUCCAAUUCGAGUGGCAUCGGCAGUGGGUCGAACAGCCAGCUGCAACAGCAGCUCGAUCCGAAUGGACGCAGUCUGCAGGCACUGAUGCAAUCGCAGGGCCCCAGCACAUCGGCAGCAGCGGCCGCUGCAGCAGCCGCAGCCGCUGGCGGCUCAGCGGGCGGAUCGGGGCCGACGGGCAGCGGCCAUGGAAUGGGACAGCAGGGCAGCGGAUCGACGGUGCCGGCGAUGCCCACCGCCGCCGAUAUCAGCCUAAUGUUGAGCAUCCUCAACACCACCGAUGUCAGCCAGUUGGCCAAUUUGGAUAUCAAUAAGCUGGCCAUGUACCUCGUCAGCAUGAACAAUAAAAUGGAACGCCAGGGCAAGAUGGAGAUGGCGGCCAAGGAGCGCGAGGCCCAGCGAUUACAGCUCAUUCCCAAGAAAUGGAAUCGCCGCGAGGAGUACGAGUUCCUGCGCGUUCUCACCGGCUACGGUGUGGAUUUGCAUUUGAGCACACCCAUGGGAGGCAGUGGAAGCAGCCUCAGUCCCGAUUGGACAAAAUUCAAACAGAUGGCCCAUCUGGAGCGCAAGAGCGACGAAACGCUGACGGACUACUACAAGGUCUUUGUGGCCAUGUGCAAGCGCCAGGCGGGGCUCAAGCUGAGCGAAUCGGAGCGCGGACUAGAGGGCAUCAUUGAGGAGAUCGAGAAGGAGCAUGCCAAGCUCAUACUGGACCGACUGGAGCUGCUCGGGAAGCUGCGCGAAGUGUCGCGUCAUCCGCAUCUGGAGGAGCGCCUCAAGAUGUGCGCCAUGAAUGCGGACACCCCCGACUGGUGGGAGCCGGGCCGCCACGACAAGGAACUGAUUGCAGCAGUGCUCAAGCACGGACUGUAUCGCUCGGAGACGUUCAUCUUCAAUGAUCCCAACUUUAGCUUUUGCGAGUCGGAGAAGCGUUUCAUCCGGGAGUUGGAGGCACAGAUUCAGCGCACCAUUAAGCUGGAGGCCUUCAAUGCGGAGAAGCUGGCCGCGGCAGAGAAGGCAGCAGCGGCGGUGGCAGCAGCAGCAACCGCUGCAGCGGCAGCAGCAGCAGCAGCGACUGCUGUUAAGAACGAGGUGAUCGACUUGGACGAUGAACUGAUGACCGAUGAGAGUGUAAUCAAAAAGGAGGCAACUCCCGCCACUACGCCCGUCAAAGAUGAGGUCAAGGCGGAGGAGGAGAGCCCCGAGAAGAAGAAGGAAACACCUGAAUCCCCAACGGAAGCCUCCGCCAAGAAGAGCGAGGAGGCAGAGACAGCGUCUGUUGCAGAGGAAACAGAGGAAGAUACGUCCAAAAUCAAGGAUGAAGAUACAGAUACAGUCAAGGCAGAGUCCUCUCCAGAGAAGGAAGUCAUCUCCGCAGACGCAGAGGAAAAGUCCAGCGAAGCUGAGAAGGAUACAUCUGCUGCAGAAGUCACAGACGAGUCGAAAUCCAGCGAAGACCUAGCGAAAAUGGAAGUGGAUGAGCCGAUAGCCGAAAAUGGAGAGGAUAAAGAAGAGACGACAUUACCAGAAGUCGAGGCAGAGGAUGCAUCCAUAGAGUCCACAUCUGCGGAGGAGAAGGAGAAGAAAUCUAAAGCCAGCGAAGAGGCCAAGGAAAAACCCGAAUCCGUUGAAGAGGAAAUGGAAACGAAAACAUCCAAAAUGGAGACUGAAGAUGUGGCUGCCACAGAGGAGAAGGCGAAAUCUCCUGCCGUGGAAUCAUCCCCAGAGAAGGAGCUCUCCACCGAAAAGGAAGAAGAAACCUCUGCUGAAGAGCCAACAGAAGACAAAACCGAUAACAAAGACAAGGAAAAUGAAAAUGAGGAGAAGAAGGAGAAGGAGACGCCUGCCGAAGAGACGGAAGCUUCAGCGGAGAAAACCCCAACACCGGAUGUGGCAGAGGCAGAAAAUACUAACCAAGUCACGCCCAAAAAGGCGACAGAGAAGCCAGCAAGUGAGGAGGAAAUCUUGGAUCUGGUAGCCGCCGGCCCACCCACCGAUCCCGACGACGAUGAGGUGAUGAAGGAGAAGGAGAAGGCCGUCGAAGAGGAGUGCAAGAAGCAGGCCGCCGAACUGAAGGCCCGCUUCCCCGAUCUCGAGGUCAUCCAGCCCGCCACCGUCAAGCAGCAGAAGCUCGAGAAACCGAAGCUGGAGAUGUGCAUGAUUCGCUGGUUCAAGGAUUUCGCACUGGAGCGCCGCAUCGCCCACAUUGUCACGUGUGUGGAGGCCAACAAGUGGCCGGUGGACAGCAAGUACAGUGCCUUCGCCAGCUGCAAGGGUGCCACCGAUCUGAACAUCGCCCUGCACGAGUCGAUACCCCAUCUGAUGAACAGCGUAGAGCGGCGACGCUCGACCACACCCGAUGUCAUCACCAUCACGACGGAUCAGGGCGUCACGAAGCAUCUGCAGGCAUCGCAAAUGCAGCUGUCAAAUGUGGCUGCCAGCAGCAGCAUCAGCAGCUCCACCGGGGGGGGACAACCCUCUUCGGGGAUUGGAUCAUCCCUGAAGCAGUCGACGGCGCAUACGCACACGCCCACGCUGCCCGGUCUCGAUGCCAAUAGCAUCAAUGCGGCAGUGGCUGCCGCUGUGGCCGCCGCAGCGUCUGGUGGGAAUCCCACGUCGCUGUCAUCCCUGCUGCCAGGCAUGUCCCUGAGCGCAGCCACCGGCUCCUCAGGAGGCUCCAGCAGUGUCGGCGUCGGUGGCGGCUUAAAUGUCCCCAGUGGCAUGUCCUCCAGCGCUGGCAAGAAGCGCAAGCGUCACAUUGCCAUCGACGUGGAGACGGAACGGGCAAAGCUGCACGCCCUGCUCAACAGCUCAACAAUGGCACCAAAAGAUUGGGAGAGUGAAAUAGCCAACAUGGAGGCUUUGACAGGCACUGGCACUGGCUCUGGACGUGGACGAGGCGGAGGAUCCUCCUCGGCUGCCCUGAGUGGCAUGCAACCGCCGCCGGCGCAUCAGCAUACCUCGCUCUCGCGACAGCAAUCGUCCGGGCAAUUCAGCAAGCCCGCUGUGCCGGCAAUGAAGACGCCACCACCAUCCAUGGGGGCACCCAUGGAUUUGUCCUCAAGUCUACCCAAAAUGAACAUGACGGAAAUGCUCAAGUCCGCCUCCAGUGCGGGGGCCAUUGAUCUAAGUGAAGUGCAGGACUUUUCCAUGCCCUCGCGAAAGUCCAGUGUCCAUGCGGCCCUAAGCUCCGCCUUCCCCUCCUCGAUGGGUGGCAGCAAGAGCAAGCUGGAUGAUACGCUCAACAAGUUGAUGAAAAAGAAUAAUUGCACCAUUGAGGAGCCAGUGAUUGGCAAAGAGAAGAAGCGCAAGAAGCUGGAUGAGAUCGUUUUGGGUCUCUCGGCUGCCAAGGAGCAAAAGACCUUCCCGGAUCCAUCGUUGCCAUCCUCGAAGAAGCCCCAGAUUCCGCCGAGCGUCUCGGUGACGCCUGCCAAUAUGCAAUCUUCGUCCAGCCAGCAGCAGCAAUCGAACCAGAAACCCUUCACCAUCACUGUGACCACAGUGCCCGGAAAGUCCAAGGGCGGAUCAUCCGGAGGCGGCGGCGGCGGCGCAAGCUCCUCGGGCAGCAGCGGCGGCGGAGGCUUGAGCGCCCUGCAGAACAUGGCCAUGGGAGGACUGUCGUCGAAGGACAGCCUGAAUGCCUUGCUCGCACAGACAAUGGCCACCGAUCCGCAGACGUUCCUCAAGCAACAGCAGAAGAUGAUGCAAUUCCUGCCCCCUGCCCAGCGCAAGGCCUACGAGAACAUGCUCGCCGAAAUGGAGCAGGCGAUGAAGCUCAGCUCCAAGUACUCCAACUCCCCCCACGACACCAAGGUCAACAAAUGGCUCUCGGACAUGACCAGUCCACUGAGCGAUCAGUUAAGCAUUGACUAUGUCGGCGGUGGUGGUGGCGGCGGCGGUGGCAACAGCAGUGCUGGUGGCUCCUCCAACAGUCGCCGUUCCAAUCGAGGCGGCGGCGGCAGCUCCCAGCAAUCUGCAAGUGCGGCACAGCUCCAAAAGCAGCAGCAACAGCAGCAGCAGCAACAACAGCAGCAACAGCAGCAGCAGCAACAACAACAGCAGCAGCAACAGCAGCAGCAACAACAGCAGCAGCAGCAACAGCAGUCGAUGGCCGGGCCACAGAACCUCACGGGAGAGGAGCCAGUGCCAGUGAUAAACAAGCAAACGGGCAAGCGCCUGGGCGGCAACAAGGCGCCGCAACUGAAACGACUAAUGCAAUGGCUCACGGACAAUCCCAACUAUGAGGUGGAUCCCAAAUGGCUCGAACAAAUGCAGAAUCCCAUGUCUGCGCCCUCGCCAAAACCCAGCUCCAUGGACAGCUAUGGUUCGCCGGCUGUGAAGUCGCAUGGCGGUCGACCCUCUUCCAAUUCCAGCAACGCUUCUUCGUCGUCCCAUAACCAACAGCAGCAACAGCAGCAGCAGCAACAACAGCAACAGCAGCAGCAGAGUGCCGCUCAAUCGUCGGCUGGAAAUCAAUCGAGCCAAUCGAAGAAGUCGUCGCGUCAACAGUCGGCUGCGGCGGCUGCCUUGGAUCAGGCGGCGUUGCAGUUCAGCUCGCUGGCAGGGCUCAAUCCCAGUCUGUUGGCCAAUCUGCCGGGACUGGGCGGCUUCGAUCCGAAGAAUCCCCUGGCGGCCUUUGAUCCCAAGAAUCCGCUGCUGUCGAUGCCCUUCGGGGGCAUGCCUGGAAUGGCGAAUCUACCCGGAUUGGGCAAUCUGAACAACAUGAAUCUGUUUGCCAGUCUCGCGGGCAUGGGAGGAUUGGGAAAUCUGGCGGGCAUGGACGCCAAUUCGCUGGCUGCGCUCAUGGCUGCUGCUGGGCCAACCCUGGGGGGCCUCACAGGCACCUCGGGCGGGGGUUCCGGCAAGAGUCAGUCGCAGGUCGGUGGUGGCGGAGGCGGCAACUCCUCCUCGUCCAGCAAGAAGAAGCAACAGCAGCAGAGCGAGGCGGCGCAACUGGCGGCCGCGGCAGCAGCCGCUGCAGCAGUAAAUGCUGGCGGUGGUUCAUCCGGCGGCGGUGGAGGAGGACAAGGAGGCAAGAAUUCGGCAGCAUCGCAAGCAUCCCAAUUGGCCGCCGGCUUUCCGUUCCUCUUCCCCAACCCGUCGCUGCUGUACCCGCCCAUGGGACUGGGUGGCCUCAAUCCGUACUCCCUGGGAUCGAGUGGCCUCGGCUCGGCCUACGACCAGCUGGCCCAGCAGUACAACCUCCUCAACGGAGUGGCGGCCACCUCGUCGGCGGCCAACACCUCCUCGACGCAGUCCAAGUCGCACCAGUCGCAGUCCAAGUCGAGCAACUCGCGCAACUCCUCGGCUGCGGCGAAUGCCGCCGCCUCCAACUCGGCGGCCAAUCUGAUGAAUGCGAUGGCCAGCAUGAGCGGUGGCCAGAAUGUGGCCAGCACCGUGACGACACCGUCCAGCUCCAGUUCGGGACGCGGCAGGCAAUCGAGCAGCCGCAAUGCCCAGGCGACGCCCACCGCGGCGGACAUGGCCCAGUUGAGCAGCCUCCUGAUGCCUGGAGCGGAUCCCCAUCUGCUGGAGUCGCUCAGCCGGAUGAGCAGCAUGGAUCUGGCCCAGGCCACGCGUCUGAUGAGCUCCCUGGGGAUGCCACCGCUACCGACGCCCUCGAGCAGCGGCAGUUCGAGUGCCAGCAGCAAGCGGGCGGCCGCUGCCGCCGCGGCCAACGAAGCCAACGCCGCCAAUGCCGCAGCGCAGGCGGAGAAGAUGGCCGCCAAGGAGCAGCAGAAGUGGUUCGAGAGCCUUGCACGCGGAGCCCUGCCCACGGAUCUGGCCGCACUGCAGGCCUUCUCACAGGGCAAGAUGCCCUCCACGUCCUCAUCCUCGGGAGGGGGCAACUCGUCGUCCAGCAAGAGCUCCAAGUCCGCCUCGAAUGCAGCAGCAGCUGCAGCAGCGGCGGCGGCUGCGGCAGCCGCACAACUGCCACAGAUUCCGGGAAUGUCGAGCGACUUUUCGCAGGCAUUCCUCGCUGAGAUGGCCGCCCAGGCGAUGGCGGCGGCCGGUGGCUCCCUGCCAUUGAGUGGUCCCGGAUCGUUGGCCUCACUCGCGGGUUUGACUGGAGGAUCCCAGGGCAACAGCUCGUCCGGUGGCAACAGCAACUCCUCUGCAUCGAAGCGGCAGCGGGAGCAGGAUGCCUUCAAGCAACAGAUGGACUACUACACCAAGACCCUGGGUCUGGGAUCGGGGAUAUCGCUGAUACCUACGUCCUCGUCGGGCGGCAGCUCCAGCAGUUCGGCCAAUGCGGCGGCUGCUGCCUAUGCCGCUGCCCUCGACGCGGAGCAGCAACACCAUCAACAACAGCAGCAGCAACAACAACAGCAGCAACAGAAGUCGAAGCGAUCCCGCAGCGAGAUGCAUCACACGAAGGAGGAGCUGGCCAAUGCCGCCGCCGCCUUGGCUGCCGGACUGCCGCUGAAUCUGGGGGCCAGCAUGAGCAGCAUUGAGAAGAGCCUGAGGGCGGGCAGCAGCUCCAGCAGCAGCUCCACGCCAGCUCCCAUGUCCGUGGAGCAGGACAAGGUGACCCUGACGCCCCUAAACUCUGGCGGAGGAGGAUCCUCCUCAUCGAACGCGGCAGCUGCUGGCCUGGCGGCCAAUCUGCCGUCGCAGACUACCAUCACCAUAGCGCCGCCCAUCAGCAGUGGAGCCAGCACAAGCAGCGAGCGCUCCGAACGCUCAGAGUCCCGCAUAUCCCUGACCAUCACGAAUGCGGCGGAUGCCGCCAAGCUACCGCCACCCUACGAGGAGGCCGACGAGCUGAUCAUCCAGCCGAUACUCAAGAAGCCAGCGGCACCCGGAAGCAGUCACGGCGGCAGUAUCGAGGAUCUCGAUGCUGUUGGCAACACAUCGGCGGCCAACCUCAGUGGUUCAUCCUCAUCAUCGGCCGCCGCGGCUGCUGCAGCGGCCGCCGAGGAGAAUCGCCGGUCUUCCAAUCGCCUGAAGCGACCACGCUCUGGCAACGACCAGGCGGCCGCCAUGGAACAGCCGCCCGAGAAGCGGCGUGAACUACGGUCCACCCGGCAUACGCGCCAGUCGGCGGAUGCCGCUACACUGAACCUGUCGGCGGGCAGCGAAUCGGAGGACCGGAACGAAUGAGUAUUGCGGAGAUCUGAGCGAACGCGCUAGCAGGACGAAAGGGCCCCCGAAAGGGGGGCCAUUACUAGACGACAAAACCCCAAGGAGAGGAAGAAGAAAAUAAUAAUCACGAAGAAUAUAAAGAUAAAUGAUAAGAAGAUGGAAAAGCAGAAGCAGACCAGAACCGGAGCAAAAGCCGAAGCCGAAGCUGAAGCUGAAGAGAUAGCCGCCGCCUCGUCCGCUGAUCAAAAAGCUCGAUUGCGUCGCUCGCGCCGAAAAUUGAAUUCUAGGCUAUCUGUUACCACUAGACCCCUUAAGCUUAAAGUUGUGUAAAGUAUAAGGAAGCAUAUAUAUAUUAUAUAUAGAUCUAGAACGUAGGAGGAAUGAGCAACUGCUGUUGCAGUCGGAGGAAGACUGCUGGAGGAUCACUGCUGCUGCAACCUCUGGCUCUGCCCGGCAGUCGCGGACACUGCUGCAACCCCGCCCGCACUGAUGGCCAGAGCCAGAGCCUCAAAUAAAUGGAAUGGUGGCUGAGUUGCCAUGCGAUUCGCGGAUGUGCAAAUGGUUCCGCCGAUGAAGUGCUCCAACUGCUGCAAAAAUUGGAGCACCAAGCGGUGCUGUGAUCAUUACGUACGCGCCACGCAACAGAACAGCCACAGCCACAUUCCCAUUCACAUCUGAAUGAUUCCCCCGGCAGCAUAUGCGUAAAUAUCCAUAAAGUUACGAGUAUAUUAAAAAGCGCUUAUAAUUUAAUUGUAACGAGAAGCAGAGUGCUGCCGCAUGCUGCAUAAAGAUUAUCCGUUAUCCGUAAAUUAUUGCAACAAACACACGUAGCCGAUAAGCAGAGAAAGCAAAGCGAAAGCUGAAGUAAUGUUUAGAUCUUAGACCAGCGAUGCAGAUCAUAUCGAUCCACACACAACAAACACAUAAUAUGUAUGUAUAUCCAUAGAUCUAUACAGACUCCACACUUGGGUUUCUCGCAUUGCUGCGCUGUCCUCACACACAUGAAAGUUUAUACUAUAUAAUGAUGAUGAUAAUGAUGAUACCUGUAAAUAAUUUAUGAACCAAUCCCCCUAUGAAAUGGCUCUCGCAUUGCUUAACGUUUUUAAGAUUGUAAGACAGACACCGUGUAUUCUCAAACUGAAUCAUUUUCCAUAAUUCUUAACCCCCCCGCCCCAUAACUAUGUUGUAUUGUACCGCCCGCCCUCUCUGUACCGUCGUAUCUUUUGUCUCUUGUCCUGCGUGUAAUUUGUAUAAUUAUUAUUUAAAUUCGUGUAAUUAGUGAAAGGAAUCCAUGCCUAGAUUUUAAUUUUAUAUUUGUAAUUUGUAUGUUUUUUAUCGCAAUUUUGUGUGUCGUGUGUCUCCAAAAAGAUCCGACGCGAUCCCGAUCAUCCGAUCAGGCGCGUAACUAAAAACAAAAAGAUAUGAAAGAAGAAAGAAACUAGCAUGAACAAUGUUUAUUGAAAGAAAAAUAGAACUUUUUAAUUAAACCAAUUUUAAUGUAAUUGACGGAAAUGAGAAUGUGGUCAAAUCGUCACGAUACGCAUU